ACCGAGGGUUGGCGACGCUUCGGAGAGGAAGGCGGCGGAGGAAGGGCGGGCCCUCCUUUGGCCGCGUGUCCGGAGGGGGAAGGAGCGACGCCCGACUGGCAACUUUCGGUUCAGUCCUGCCCCGGGAGCAGCUGCAACCACUCCGCUCUGGUUCGUGGGCCAUGGCUCAGCCGGAGAAAGUACUGCAGGCCAAGAUAGUAAUGGCCGGGGACUCCUUCGUGGGGAAGAGCUCGAUCCUGAGGCGAUACACCGAGUUCUGCCCAGCCAAGCCGCCCCCGCCUAUUUCCUAUAUCACCACCGUCGGCAUUGAUUUCAAAGUAAAAACAAUUUCAGUAAAUGAUACAGCAAUGAAACUACAGAUAUGGGACACUGCUGGUCAGGAGCGAUUCCAUACAUUUACUACUAGUUUCUUCCGUGGAGCACAUGGAUUCGUUCUUGUCUAUGAUAUUACAAGCACAGAAAGCUUUCAAGGAAUUGCACACUGGAUGAAAGAUAUAAAUGAGAAAGCAGAUGAAAACGUGGAGGUAAUACUGCUGGGUAACAAGUGUGAUAAGGAGACCGAACGUGUCAUUCCAAAAAACAGAGGGGAAAAGCUUGCUUGGGAAUAUGGAAUACCCUUUUUUGAGACCAGUGCUAAGGACAAUAUUAACAUUGAAGAUGCCUUUUUAGUGCUAGCCAAAGAAAUAUUGAACAAGAAUUCCUGUGCACCGCUUGACUUAGAUGUAGUGGACCUAUAUGAAAAAACACGAAAGAGAAGUUGCUGCAGGCUGUGAUGAGCAGUUUUCUAUUCUUUCUUAUCACGUUAUCUAUUUUGUACAUACCAACACUUGAACUUUAAUAUUUUGUUCUCCCUUCAAUGAUAUACAAAAUACCCAGUUGUUACUGGUAUUAACAAAGCAACAGCACUGCCUGUCCACUAACAUUUUAUUUAACUGCCUGUUACAAAUGUUCAAAAUAAACAAAACUAUGAUUUGCAAAGGAGGACUGUAAAGUAUUGUGCAGAUACAAGCAUAAGAAGUAUCUUUGUAAAAGUGUUGGUUGUUUGUACAGGAAAUUUAUGGAGUAGAAAGGUGGACUCAAUGGGGUGAAACUCAGCUGAAAAGAGUUCAUGUAAUAGGAGUCACUUGACAGUGUUACAAGGAGCAAAUGCAGCUUCUGCUGAGAUGGCAUGCAGUCUAAAAACAAUGCAAAUGGAAAAGAGUAGAUGGACUAUCUAACAUGUCAUUCUGCUGGUUGUAUAGUUUAGCUCAAUUUCAUUUUAGUUAUUUUAAUGCUUUGAUCAAACAUUUUCUUCCCCAAAUUUCCCAACUUCAGAAGCCGCUUAGUCAUGCUGGCCACAUGACCCGGAAGCUGUAUGCCGACUCCCUCGGCCAGUAAAGCGAGAUGAGCGCCACAACCCCAGAGUCAUCCGCGACUGGACCUAACGGUCAGGGGUCCUUUACCUUUACCCUUCUCUAAGCUGCUCAGGGUCUUUUAAAGAGGCUAUACUCAAACAAGAAUAACUGGCUAAUAUUAAACACCCUCUCCUUUUCCUCAGCCAGUGUGGUGUAGUGAUUAGAUGGUUGGAUUAGGGCAGGAGUAGGCAACUUAAGGCCUGGGGGCUGGAUGCGGCCCAAUCACCUUCUCAAUCCGGCCCGUGGACAGUCCGGGAAUCAGUGUGUUUUACAUGAGUGGAAUGUGUGCUUUUAUUUAAAAUGCAUCUCUGGGUUAUUUGUGGGGCAUAGGAAUUUGUUCACCACCACCCCAAAAAAAUUAUAGUCUGGCCCCUCACAAGGUCUAAGGGACAGUGGACUGGCCCACAGCUGAAAAAGGUUGCUGACCCCUGGACUAGGGCCUAGAAGACCAGGGUUCAAAUCCCCACUCAGCCAUGGAGCUCACUGGGUGACCUUGUGCCAGUCACUUCCUCUUAGCCUAACUUUCCUCACAGGGUUUUUGUUGGGGGAUUAAAUGUGGAGGGGGAUAACCAUGUACACCACCUUGAACUCCUGGAAGGAAAAGGUGGGACAUAAAUGCAAUAAAUAAAUACUUUAUCAAGGUAGCAAGAAGCUCCAGGCUCUGGUGUGAGUCAUUGCUAAGCUCAAGUGAUCUGGUAGCGCUUAAGACGCAAAUUGUGUUUUUUUCCCCCAACUCCCAUCUUGCUUGGGGCUAAUCAUACAACCACUCUGGAUAAGGAAAGAAAUUGUUAUCAUUGCCACAAAAAAUGUUAUUUUGCAACUAAUAAGAUACAUCUACUGAUAUGCAAAUCAGAGGUUGUAAAACCAUUACAGAAAUUGAGGGACAAAGUCUCAGUUUACAGCUUGAGCUGCAUCCAAGAUUCCUAGCUGCCAAUUGUAUGCUUUCAGUUUUUAGUAUUGGGGCCCAAUUCCAGUGUAACCUUUUCCUUACAGAGGAAAAACAGUACUUAUUUGAUGCAAAACUGAUACAAAUUUUGCAGGAAAGAUCUGUGAGCCUGGGCAGGUAGAAAUCCAAAUUCCCACUAAUGUCGCCUCCCCCACAAAAAAGUACUAUAAUAUUUGCUUUCUAUGCAUGGUUCCUAUGAACAUAAUACACUUUCCCAGCAGUGUGCCUAGUAUAGUUGUCAAACGCUCAUUAUAUUUAAGGAUUCUUCCAGGACAUCAUUAUCCCAUGCAGUGCCAUCAGUUUUCUUUCUUUUGGAGCUAUGCCAACAGAACUGGCUGAAGUUGUUUUGUCGCUAUAAUUGAGGCUUAUUUCUCUUUCUGUCAUACAGAUAUAUCUUACAAUAGGCAGGAUAGCAUCUGUUUGCAUCUGAGAAAGACUGGUCCUAAUGACAAUCAGCCAACCCAUGGCAGGGAAUACAAGAGAUGAGACAUAGAACAGAGAAAGAACAAAACAUACAAAGGGAACAGAAUAAAAGACACACAAACCCUUCUGCGCAGGAAGUCUAAGGCUGGUCCACUGCUGCUUCCUGCCAGCAGCACAGCUCAGAUGGUUGGAUGGAGCAGCUGAACUGCCCCAAAUCAAAACUGCUAGGAAGGGGAAGGCAUAUUCCACCACUGAGAGCUCUGCUUCUGACUCUACACCAAUUACAGGCAGAAUCAAUGAGCAAGCAAACCUGCCUGUUGUCAUCACUGCUGUGCUACACUCAUCCUCUUCUCAAUGCCAUAUGCUGUUUCCCCCCGAAAAUAAGACACAGUCUUAUAUUUAUUUUUCCUCAAGAAGACACACUAUGGCUUAUUUUCACGUGAUGUCUUUUAUUUUUUUAUUACACGUCCAGCCUCGCCUCUUCCUUGGCGCCCUCCAGAACUGCACCUAUCACUAUGUCUUAUUUUCGGGGUAUGGAUUAUAUUGCGCAAAUGCUUAGAAAUCCUGCUACGGCUUAUUUUAUGGGUAUGUCUUAUUUUCGGAGAAACAGGGUAACAUUGCAGGUGGGCAAUGAAAGGACAGGCAAAUUAGAUGGAUGGUGCUAACGGAAGGAUUGGGGUGGUAGCCCUAGCUGAGAUGCAUGUGUGCGUUUCUGCACACGAACAAUAGAGCACAACCGUGGCACAGGAGACCCUUUGCUUUUUUGUGUGCCCCCAGCAGCUACCUAUGGUAUGCUGCCCUACGGUAAAGCCAGACCUGAGUGACAAAGAACUCCACGGAAGGUUACGAAUACUGUAGCCCUAUGGUUGUGCAGCAUGAUCCUACCUAUAUUUCCUAAGAGAGAUUUUAAGGGUAACCACUGGGUAACACAUCCAACCACUUCCAUUUAGCUUCAACUGAUUUAAGUCAAAGGAGGCACCGAAAGAAGGAAGUGUUGCGGUUGUAGUAAUGGGUGACUUAAGUUGCCCUUACAUCGACAGGGCAAAUGUGUAUUCUGGUCAUGAUCAAGAAACCAAGAACAGCUGGUCAUAGAACCAAUGUCAGGGAAGGUGACCAAGUGAGAGUAGUGAUCAUGGUGCUAUUUGGCUCAUCUUAUGUGUAAGUGGACAAUUGUCAGCAGUCACACUGGACUUCUGAAGAACAACAUUCUAAAAAACGAGGUGAGUGUGAAAAAUAAAGUCAAGAGAGUCAAUCUCUCCAGAGGUCUGGGGGUUGUUCAAAACCACAGAAACAAAGGCUCAGGUAGCCUAUAUACUGGAUUUAGGUUUUCAAAAACAGGGAUCAUUGAGUCCUAAAG